AAUUCGCUCGCUUGUAUCUCCAUACAAUCUUCUACCAUCUAUCAGCAUAUUAAUAUCUGUUUCUUUUUCUGCUUGUAUUCAAUAGAUAUCCCCACCUACACAAUGGAAGCUGUCAAGAACAUUCUGCACAAGGGCACCAAUGGCGUUGCCAAGCCCGCUCCUUCUUCCGAGGCUGUUGCUGAGCUCAAGGCAAAGUACGCCGAGGCUGGCCAGGAGCAUGUCUUCACAUUCUACGACUCGCUGAGCACCGAUGAGCAAACUGCCCUCUUCGAGCAGCUGUCCGGCUUUAAGCCCGCCUACAUCAACGAGAUCGCCGACCGAGCGUUGCACCCUCCGCAAGUCGAGGAAAGCGUUGCCAAGCUGGAGCCCCUGCCUGAAUCCGCCUGGGCCAGCAUCCUCGAUUCGAGCUCUGACGAUAUCAACAAGUGGUACGAGUCUGGCUUGGACCUCAUUGGAGGCAACCAGGUUGCCGUCGUGCUCAUGGCCGGUGGCCAGGGCACCAGACUGGGAAGCUCUGCUCCCAAGGGCUGCUUCGACAUUGGCCUGCCUUCGCACAAGCCCCUCUUCCAGAUCCAGGCCGAGCGCAUUCUCAAGGUUGAGGAGCUGGCUGCCAAGAAGGCCGGCGUCGACAAGGUCGUUGUCCCCUGGUACGUCAUGACCAGCGGACCUACUCGCAAGCCUACUGAGGAGUUCUUCGCCUCCAACAACUACUUUGGCCUUGCCAAGGAGAAUAUCAUGAUCUUUGAGCAGGGUGUCCUGCCUUGCAUCUCCAACGAGGGCAAGAUCAUCCUGGAGAACAAGGGCAAGGUGGCUGUCGCCCCCGAUGGCAACGGUGGACUCUACCAGGCCAUUGUCGUUUCUGGCGUUCUGGAUGAUAUGCGCAAGCGCGGUAUCCAGCACAUUCACGCCUACUGUGUCGACAACUGCCUGGUCAAGGUUGCCGACCCCGUCUUCAUUGGCUGGUCAGCCUCGCUCAAGGUCGACAUUGGCACCAAGGUGGUGCGAAAGCGCGAUGCCACCGAGUCUGUUGGCCUGAUCCUCUCCAAGAACGGCAAGCCCGACGUUGUCGAGUACUCCGAGAUUGACAAGGAGACUGCCGAGGCCCGCGACGCCAGCAACCCCGAGCUGCUCAAGUUCCGCGCCGCCAACAUUGUCAACCACUACUACUCAUUCAGCUUCUUGGAGAGUAUUCCUCAGUGGGCGCACAAGCUGCCCCACCACGUUGCCCGCAAGAAGAUUCCCGCCACCGACCUGGAGACCGGUGAGCUGAUCAAGCCCGCCAAGCCCAAUGGCAUCAAGCUUGAGCAGUUUGUCUUUGACUGCUUCCCUCUGCUGCCCCUCGACAAGUUUGCCUGCAUGGAGGUGAACCGCGCCGACGAGUUCUCUCCCCUCAAGAACGCCAGCGGCACCGGACAGGACGACCCCGAGACCAGCAAGGCCGACAUCAUGGGCCAGGGUCUCCGCUGGGCUCAGGCCGCCGGCGCCACUGUCGUUUCAGACGGAGGCAUCGAGGUGUCUCCCCUGAUCAGCUACGGUGGUGAGGGACUUGAGCAUCUCAAGGGCAAGACCAUCGUGGCUCCAGCCGUACUGGAGUUGGAGAAGAACUAAGAAGAGAAGAGAACAAAAAAAAAAGGCUGUCGGAUUAUUUUGUUUAAUGAAUUUCUAUUUUAAUAUCAGCGUUGGUUAGCACUAGAGUAAUGUUUUAGUGGCAUGGGCCUGGAUGAAUUUACGAGGCUACUGUGGCGAACAGCAUCGCAUCUCCUCUGUCGAGCAAUCUGCAGAUAAAGGAAGUUGAAGCAAGAGAUGAAGAGUUUGGAAUUUGAAGGCAUAUUGGUUGUUCCCCCUUGGAAGGAAUAUUGAUGAUUCCCUCGGGCGGCCUGAUUGAAAUACAUUGAGACUUUUUUUC